AUGAUGUUUUUUCAAUUUGACAGCUCCCACGAUUGGAGCUGGGAAAUUAUAUGAAACUUGAAAUCACUGGUACACUUAACAUAACCACGUAUUUAGCGGUUAUUGCAGAUUUAACGUACCAUAGUAUAUGUAAUUCUUCAGAAAACAAAUCUUGGAUGAGGCGCUUUUUAUAUGAAAAUUUUCCAAAAUACUAUUUUCAGCAAUACCCAGACGCCAAAUAUUAACACAGAACAAGUUGGAGAAUAGACCACAGAAGAUUGAUUGUUGAUCACAGGAUGGAAUGGAUGCGAAUUUUGACAGCGCUGCGUUGCCAUAUUUCGCCACCUGAAAGGUUAUGGUAUAGUCACAUCGUGGUUGACUGUGAUUUGAAAUAUAUUAACAUGUGAGUCAUACACGUUAGAGCUAAAAAGUUUUAUGAUAAUGAGAAUAAAAAAAUAAAAAGGUAUAUUUGCUAAAAAUCUAAAGCAGUGGCAUGUAGAAAUAAAUGACAAAUUGAUAAACAAUUGUCAUAAAACUUUUGAGCUCUAACGUGUAUGAUUCACAUGUUGAUAUACGAGCUCCUUCCCACUUCAGUUGGCCCACUUCAAGAUUUGUUCCAAAAUAUGCCUAUAAACUAAAAAUGACGAAACUAUUUACUUCUAAAACAAUUUAUUUUCUAAAAAACAUUUUAGAUACACGCUAGUCGUAAAAAAUACAUAUUUGAAAUCACUGAGACCCAUAACUAAUAGAACAUCUGAACAAAUAAAGAAUGUGCGAAUAAAUGCGCGAAGUUAACAAAGCAACAAUUGAAAGAUUACCAUUGGGUAACAUCACCUUUAUUUUUUACUACAGCUGAAAUUCUUUGGGGCAUAGCAUAAUUUGGUGUAAAACAAUCCCAUAGUUCUUGAAGCUUUUGUCUCAGUUCGGUGAUUGUACGAGCAGGAUGUUGUCGUAGAACCUUUUUCAUCUCGUG